CAGCAAUAAUGAUUGAUAUUGUGCGCUUACUCUCGCGUGUGUACUGUUACUUCGUUCCAGUGCCAUUAAUUUGAGCAAAUCCAGAUGUGGCAGAAGCCCCAUUCUCUCUGGCUCUGAAGUACAGGGAUGUUGAACUUGAAGCCUGUGAGCCUUGGGGGGGUACGUCACAAAUACUUUCGCUUUAGAGAAGUGAAGCGGAAAAUCAAUUCCUUGACAUUUCGUUCCUUUAUUGUAAACGCUCUUCGCUCGGGGCGUCAAACUUCGUCGCGCCGCUGCAUUCGACCGAAGGAUACCUCGCCGUGGAGAUCGACGUGCAACCGAAAGAAAUCCUCGCACUUCCACAUCAGAAUGUGUCGUUUAUGUGUCGUGUGGCCGAUCACCUCCAGUACUGCAGGAUGGAGGUGCCCGGUCUCAAUGUACUCAACUUGAAUCCGAACCAGACGCCCUACAGGGGGGCGGUCUACUAUGGCAGCGGCCUGCACUUGGGGCAGUGCGGUCUGAGUCUCGAGAGCGUAAACGAGGAGAACAACGGCGAGAUCAAGUGCACGCUCGGCUUACUCACCGAAUCGCAGGAGUCCUCGGCAACGAUGCGCCUAAUAGUCGCAAGGGAGCCCCGACCGCCUCAGCUUGAGAUACAAAAUUCGGAUCGUUACUGGGCGUAUAAGGUCGGAGACGUCAUUCACGCGACGUGCAUAGUCCGUGACGGGCGACCGGCCGCCAACAUCUCCUGGUACUUAGAUGACGAGCUGAUACCGAACGGUUUUCUCUCGCCGCCGACGAUUAUACACGGCAACCGGGGCGAUCUGCAGACCGUUUUCCAGAAUCUGACGAAGGAGGUGCGCCCGUCGGACAAUGGAAAGGCGCUAAAGUGCGUCGCGCAUCAUCCUGCACUGACCAGCAAUAACGUUGUGUAUCGACAAUUGAAUGUGACGUACGCGCCCAUUCCGCAGCUAAAUCCAAUCGACAAGUUCGGCUACAGUCUCGGCAAAGAAGGCAUCAUCUCACUGGUGAUCGAGGCGAACCCCCGGCCGCACCUCGAGUGGACGAUACGCGACCAAACGAUCAAGGCGGGCGGUCACGACAGCACCGGCCGCAUAAUGGCCGAGGAAAUACGCGACCUGGGACGGGGCCUGUACGAGGCGGUCCUGAUCAUCGCCGACAUUCAAAAGCACGACACCGAAACGCAGUACAUACUCAAGGUCUACAACGACAUGGGAAGUCAGGAUUACGUCAUCUUAAUUUCGACCAGUCCCGAGCCGGAAGGGUUUAAAAAGUUUUUUAGGGAAAGUAUUAAUUAUUUGGAGAUGGGAGUGCUGUCGAUUAUCGGCAUCGUGGUCGCCGUGCUGCUGCUGCUGGUCAUCGUCUUCCUGGUGAUCUUCGCGCGGGUGACGGGACGCUGGUGCUUCUCAG